AUGUCUCCUCCUGACACAGACCUCCUGCACUCCUUGUCCGCUGAACUCUCUGAGCGGCUCAAGGAUCUACUGGACCAAGCCCUGCUUGGAAUGAUACGGCCGAAUUCUGCGUCUCAGUUUGCUCAGCAUGCCCCCGAGUUGGAAAAUUUCCGCGAAGCCAUCACACACAGUGAUGCAAAGGACGAUAUGGAUUUCCUACGGAACUUCCGAGAAUUCGUUCCCACCACAAACUACGAGCCUUACAGGCCAUACAUAGCAAAGUUUUUCGCGACCCCUUGCAAGGAAUCCGACGUAAAGAACAUGUUCGCCCCAGGAUUACCCUACUGCUUAGCCGUUUCCAGCAUGACAUCUGGUAAAUCCGCAAAGACAUUCCCAACAUAUCGGCCCGCUCCGCACCUUUUGCAUCACCCUCUUUAUCUCUCGUUUCCCCAUUCAGAGGGUAGCACCUUAUCACCAUCUUCGUUGGGUUUGUGGCAAGUCCUGACAGUAGAGUGUGAGGAUGGUCAGAGUUCCAAGGUGUUACCGGUCUGCGCGGUGACCGUCGGUUUUCAGCGAAUGCAAAUGAACUGGGAAGUCGAGCACGAUAAGGAUAGAAUUGACUUGUGGGUUCCGGGAAAAACGGAUCCAUUCGCGAUAUCCUUGGUUAAGAGCUAUCGCGCUUUCUUUAUUCUGAAUGCACUGUUUGCACUGUCAGAUCGUCGGGUGGCAACCAUCCGCUUCCUCUUUGCCAGUGUAUUCGUCAACUUUUUGCAGUACGUAGAGGAAGAGUGGCCCCUCCUUGUCGACUGUAUUGAGAAAGGGAUCAUCCCAGACAUGGAAAACGUGGACCAUGUGCGAGAAUCUUUAGAGAAACAUUUUACUGCAAACCCUCUUCGUGCUGCCGAACUUCGCGAAAUUGGGCCUCCUGGCAUCCAGGGCUGGGCUGUCCGUGUAUGGCCUGACUUGAAGAUGUUCAUUGGGAUCACUGGAGGUUCUUCUGCUGCAUCCGUCCCAAAGGUUACUCACGUCCUCGGACCUUCUGUUACCAUGCAGGCUCCUUGUUAUGGCAGCUCAGAAUGCUUUAUCGGCCUGCCGUAUUACAACGGCGACCCUAAUACUGACUUCAAGGUACUACCCGUAGACGGGGUAAUCGAGUUUCUGGACGUGCAUUCCGACGAGCCUUUCGAGCGUGUAUUAUCUGCUUGGGAACUUGUGGGUGGAGGGCAUUACGAGCCAGUUUUGACGACCCGCAGUGGCUUGUGGAGAUACCGCAUUGGCGAUGUGGUCACCGUUAAAGGCUUUGCGCCAGAUGAUGGAUUACCUGUCAUCAAUUACCUCCAUAGGCGAAAUGGUGGACUUGAGAUGGCAUUCGGAGUGACAGCAUGUACUGAGUCGCAAUUGACGAAUGCGAUCGUCUCUGCCUCUAAACGAUCGAUCGGCCAAAUAAUAGAUUUUACUAUUGUGGGCGACGAACGAGACACCCCUAUUACUUAUGGGUACUUGGUAGAAAUUGGAGGGGAAGUUGGAGAAGACGCGAAAAUGGCAAUAGAGCAAACUUUUGAAGACCUCAUGGCAAACAAUGAGUUUCGUGUUGCUUUUUGGCAAGGCAGAGCAAGAAAGCCAACCAUCCGUCUCGUGAAGAAAGGCACGUUCACAGAAUACCGCAGGCAGAAAUGCGACAAGACGAACAUUUCGAUGGGUCAGGUGAAGGUGCCCAUCAUCCUAUCCGACUCAACGUCCAAGGAAUGGUUCCUGCAGAGAGUUAUCAUGGAGCUGUAA